AUGAUUAUUGGGGGAGCCGACGCCCCUAGAGGGCCCGCCUCCAAGCGAGCGAGGACACCCACUACAAAAGAAGGGUCGGCCCGGGAGCGCCCGCGUGAAGAAAUCCUCGUAUUCAGUGAUGAGGACCUCGAAGCUAUGAUGGAACCGCACAACGGCGCUCUAGUCAUCUCGUUUCUUUCAAACAACACCAGAAUAAAACGUGUGCUCGUGGACCCAGGCAGCUCGGUCAACAUAAUCAGGUCAAAUGUAGUAGGACAGCUAGGAUUGCUCAAUCGAGUCAUCCCUACAUCUCGGAUCCUCCACGAUUUCAACAUGGUCGGAGAGGAAACAAAGGGAGAAAUCAUUAUCCCGAUCGACACGUCCGGCACGACCCAGAACACAGAGUUUCAAGUCAUCAAUGGUGACAUGAAAUACAACGCCCUACUUGGCAGACCUUGGAUACACAACAUAAGGGCCGUACCCUCGACCUUGCACCAGGUAAUAAGGUUUCCUACCAGGGACGGUAUCACAACCAUACAUGGGGAACAACAAGCAGCAAGGGAAAUGUUCGCAGUCCACCACGAGAUAACAAUUCCCGCACACCCGGCCUUGGACGGGGAGGGAAGCGCGCAGACCCUUGAAGACGACGAGGAAGACUUCUUCGCACCCCGGACCUUCGUCACUCCCAAAGAAUCCGACGCGACCAAGUCAACAGUCGAGGAGCUGGAGCAAACCGUUUUGAUCAAACACCUCCCGGAUCGCAAGGUAUAA